GACAUGCCUCGACUUGCAGCUGGAGUCCGUCAACUACUUUUGGACGAUAGGAGCUAGAACAUUCCACAGUUUCGUCGCACCUCUCAAAUAAUCUCUGUUCUGAUCCAGAGAGGCAGCUGUGAUGACAUCUUCGAUAAGCCCACUCCCCUCCGCAAUCCCCAAAACCAUUCCUCGACCCAAUGACUCCCAAUCUAGCCAGGGCCAAACGACAUCAGGGGAAAUCUCGCCAAACCCAGAACCCAAGCUUCCCAGACCCAGAUUCCGUCUCCACCUGAACGAUCUACGCCAUCCGGCUACGCUAUCGUUCAUCUCCCUGGUCCCCGAUGUUGCAUCGACCCUCGAAACCGCGCUAAAGGUUAUUGUGCGACACCUCUAUACACCCCCCUCACCCUCGCCAAGCCAGUCGAGCAACACCCCGGCCAAGAAAUAUCCCAGACCGUCCUUCACACCAUGUAUCCCUCCUACCCGCUCCGUGACAGUCCUUGUUCGCGAUAUUGGCGGGGUAGCGUACACCACCGGCAUAGAGCUCGACGAUGAUCAUAAGGAAAUCCACUUGUCCCUGUCAUACGUCAAGUCCAGCGCGGAAAAAAAUCCAGACCCUGCAGCCGAAAUCAUCGGCGUCUUGACUCAUGAGCUGGUCCAUUGCUACCAGCAUACAGCGCCAAAGGGAGAUGAGAAUGCCUCUGUGCCUCGUCCUCCAGGUGGGUUGAUCGAAGGUAUUGCCGAUUUUGUUCGUCUGAAAGCGGGCCUCGAGCCUCCGCAUUGGAAGCGACCAACAUCUGCCAAGGAACGACCGUCGAAGUGGGAUCAGGGCUAUCAACACACGGCGUACUUUCUGGCGUGGUUGGAGGAUGUGCGGGUCGGGAAAGGUGCUGUUGGCAUGCUAAACGACAGAUUGCUGAGGGUCGGAUACGUAGGCGAGGAGUCGGAGUCUGAAAAUCAAGACACACAGAGCUUCUGGAGGGGCCUGUUCGGGAACGGUAUUUCGGAACUUUGGGAGGAAUACGGCGAAUAUUUAGAUCGCUGUAGGGAUAGUGGUAACUGGGAAGACGAGAUCAUCAAUCCGGAGUAACGUGAAGUGCUCUAGAAAGAUAGUAACAUUUCUGACUGAGUCUAUCGGAUACUUCUAUAUGCUGAUACCUGCUAAUGUAAGUAUCCAUUUCCUACCCACAUUGUGUUCCGAUGUCCAACCUCUGGA